AUGUGGUACGGAGAAACACACCCAGCUGGUACGGAGACACCUAUCCAAGCCGUUACGAAGAAUUCUACCCAAGCUGGUACGGAAAAACCUACCCCAUCUUGUACGGAGAAACCGACCGCAGGUGGUACGGAGAAUCCUACCCCAGCUGGUACGGAGAAACCUACCUUAGCUGGUACGGGGAAACCUACCCCAGCUGCAGAGUGUUCCAGUCCGCAACCCCUUGGUAUGGAGGACGGGACAAUCAAAGAUGAUCGCAUCACGGCGUCCUUUAGUUACAACGGUUCCCCUGCCACUGAUGGACGCCUCAACAAUAACAGCAAAUGGGAAGCCGUGAGCCCCAUCAAUUCCUGGAUCGAGGUAGACCUCGUUGAGCCUACAGUGGUGACUGGAGUAACCACACAAGGCAGCGGCAGCAGAUGGUACGUGAUGCGGUACAAGGUGGCGUAUCAGCAGCAGCCUUCAUCCCAACGCGAAUACGUGACAGAUGGAAACGGAGACAUCAAGGUGUUCAUCGGUAACACUGAUGCCGACAACCCGGUCAAUAACCUGUUUGAUGAGAGUGUGGAGGCCACGGUGGUGCGCAUUGAGCCUACUGAAUGGUAUAUAGGUGUUGCUCUGCGAUUGGAGCUGCUUGGAUGUCGCCGUGAUUAAUUCAGCUGAAG